AUGCUUGUCAGAGCCAUCCCUCCUCUUGCUUUUGUGGGUAAAGGGAACAGGACGGAUUCUUCUCCUUCGUUGUCACUCGCCCAACUUGCCAAGACUGCUAACCUGGUUGACGCAAAUGCAUCUGAGGAGGACAAGAUCAAAGCCAUGAUGACUCAGUCGAACCAUGAAUAUGAUCCAAUACAUUACUCCAAGAAGGCAGUUGGACCGCCACCUGCUCACUACACCUGCUUUCGUUGCGGAAAGGCCGGUCACUACAUUCGGCAGUGCCCCAUGCUGAUGGAUAAAAGUGUGGAUGGUCCCAAGCCAGUACGAAUUAGUAAGGGCAUACCGCAGAGCUUUAUGGUGAAAGCAGAGCCGGGUGCCAAGGGAGCCAUGUUAACCAGCACUGGAGAAUAUGCCAUACCUGCUAUAGAUGCGGAGGCGUAUGCCCAAGGAAAGAAGGAGCGCCCUCCAUUUGUUCCACAUGACCAGUCGUCAUCUGAGGAUGACAAUGACCCAAUCCCUGAUGAGCUCCUGUGUCCAAUCUGCAAUGACCUGAUGACCGACGCCGUGGUCAUACCCUGCUGUGGAAACAGCUACUGCGAUGAGUGUAUUAGGACUGCCCUGCUGGACUCAGAAGAGCACGUCUGCUUCACAUGCAAACAGUCAGAUGUUUCACCUGAUAACCUCAUUGCCAACAAGUUUCUUCGACAGGCUGUAAACAACUUUAAGAACGAGACAGGAUACACCAAACAUGGGCGCAAGCAAACCCAGCACACAGCCCCACCUCCACCGAGACCACAGCUGUGUACCAGCCACCGUGCCCCCUCAAGCACAGGCCCCACCCACCUCACAGGCCCCAGCCAACACACCUGCUCCUUCUGCUCCUGUUCCGGCAGCAGACAGUGGUUCAGAACUAGAGGAGAGCACCCCUCCAGUCGUCUGCAGACAGCUCCACCUCCUGCACCUACUCCUCAGGUGUACCCAGCUCCAGCUCUGUAUCCACCACCACCGCAGCCCUACCCCCCUCCGUACACCACUGGGCCUGGCCUUAUUCCUCCACCUGCUAUCAGUUACCAGCCACAGCCUGUGUAUCCCCCUGGACCAUCAGUUCUCACCCCCCCCUGGGUUGCUCCUGGUGCCCAGCCCCCUCUAGUCCCUCUUCCACAGGCCCUCCCUCAGCCGCCCCUUUCUAAGGAAGACUUCUAUAGGCCAAGGCAUCACCGACAGGACAAGGUUACCUCCAAACUGGAUGAAUUCACUAAAGACUUCCACAAAGAACUUAUGAAGUACAGAAAUGCACCGAAGAGAAGACGACGGUCUUAUUCCAGGUCCAGGUCAUACAGUCGCUCUCCAUUCAGCCGCUCUCCUUACUCACGCUCUAGGUCCAGAUCCAGAUCUAGAUCCAGAUCAAGAUCCAGGUCUUACUCUUAUUCACCCAGUCGAUCCCGCUCCCGUUCACGUUCCCAUGGCCGUUCUUAUCCCCGCUCCCCUUAUUCCAGGCGCAAUGGACGUAGUUAUGGACGCUCACGGACAAGGUCCCGAUCCCGUUCGAGGUCUUAUGGGUACCGUCGCUCUGGCUCACCACGAUCUCCUCCAUCCUACCGGGGAGGAGGCUGGGAGGGGCCAGAAGGACCCUACAGAUCUAGGUCACGAUCUCGCUCGCCUGGGGGCUACCGGAGCCGCAGCCCUGGGGGACGAAAGCUACCUCCUCGGGAGCUACCACCAUACGAACUGAAGGGUCCGAGUCCUGGAGGCCCUGAGCGCUUUGAACGGGAAAGGCGCCAGUGGGAAAAGGAGUAUGCAGACUGGUACAACAAGUACUAUAAAGACUAUGACAGCCAACAUCCUUCAUUGCCUCACAGAGGUCAUGGCAGCAGAGACAGAGACAGGGACAGAUUGUCCCCUUUAUCCAGAGAUUACUCACCCCAGGGGAGAGGGAGAAGAGGGAGAGAAGAGAGGGCUGGUCCACCUCACCAUCCCCCAUCCUCUUCCUCAUCAGGGACAAAAUCCAGUACAAAAGUCCUCAAAACAAAGAAACUAAAAAAGAAGAGGGCUGGAGAGGAACCAGAGGCGUCACAACAGCCAGUGGACCGAGGUGAUGCUACUCCUGUCAGAGAUGAACCCAUGGAUGAUGUACAUUCACACACAAAAACGCCUCCCAUCUCUUCGAGGCCUACGGUUAAUGCUGCAUCCUCUAAAGCGCCGGCCUCUAAGAGCACUGCUUCAACUGUUAAACCUUCAACCAAGUCGACAUCAAAGACUCAAGCUGAUAAAACAAAGAAGGAGAAGAUUCAGAAGGUAAAACCUAAAGUAAAGACAGAGGCGGUGAAGGUGAAGCCAGACAAAGUGAAGAGAAAGACUGGAGAAGGAGUUUUGACUAAAAAGAGAGACCCUUCAUCAUCAUCCUCCUCCUCAGCUGCUAAACCUUUAAGGAGUGUUAAAGCCAAACCAGAAGAUGCCCACAACUCAACUACCUCUAAAAAGGAAAAGGGUAAAAGCUCUGUUGUGAGGCCUUCCCUUGCGAAGACCCCUCCACUCUCCUCGCAUAACCAACCUCUACCUCACCCCCCACUUCAUGAUGGCCCCCGAUCCAGCCAUGACAUGCGGGGAAGAAAAAAUCUUCCACAGGGUGGUGGACUCCUUCCUCACCCCCAUCAACACGGACUCCCACUCCUCCACCGACCCUCAUCCCCUGUGGACAGUCGGAGGAGAAUGGGAGAGGAGGGUCGCUCUUUACUUGGACCUCCUCCUGGAAAGCUGAGGAGACUAGAUGGCCUAGGGGGUGGAGUGGAUGUCAUGUCCCACUCACAUUUGUCUCAUCAGUCCCCACUCCACAGACUCCCGCCAACUUCUGACAGGCCUGGUAUUCUUCCCCAUCCAGGGAGCCGUGAGCUUGGCCGGGGAGAUGCAGAUCGAGGAGCUAUUAGACCACUAAUGGACCUUCAGGUUAAGCCAGUGAGAAUAAUCAAGUUGAACAGAGAUAUGGGGAGGAGAGGCAGCACAGAAACAGCGACCUUGGACGAACCUCCAUCUAGUCAUGAAAAGAAUACCUCCACCUCAGAUCGAUCAGCUGCUGCUAGCAUCUCUGAAGGAGACCGGCCCACUGGUACAGCAGAAGGAGCUAGAAGAAAAGAGCAAUCUGCAUCUGUGGAGAGGGGAGUCUCCAGAGAGAGACCAGGCAGUGCUGGAGAGGGGCAACGCAUCUCAGACAGAGAGCAAGACAGGAGCUCUGGAAUGGACAGAGAGCGAGAGAGAUCUGGUUCAGACAGAGACAGAAGUCAGGGGUCUGACAGAGACAAGGACAGGGUCUCCGGGUCAGGCUCGCAAAAAGCAGUCUCAUUGGAGAGGAACUCGGAGGGAGAGAGAGCAUCAAGAACAGAACGAAAAAACCCCAGUAGUGCAAGUGGGGGAGGGAGAUCUGUCAGUCUGGACAAAAUGACCAUUGGAGAGAAGUCUGCCAUCACGAAGAGACAGGCAGAUCAUCAGGAGAAGCCAAGAGCAUCCUCUAAGGAGAGGGGAGAGGGGUCAGAAAGAGCUGUUAAAUCCGACAGGAGUGCGUCCAAGGACAGAUCGGAGAGGAGUGUUCCCUCAGGAGAGAAACCAGCUGCUGCUCGCAGAGAAGCGGUCAAAGAUGGUCAGGAGGCUGCUGUGAAGAGCAAACCCAGGAUCAGUCGAAAGGCUCUGACAAACCACCCUACAACCUCUAAGUUGACUCAAGAAACAAAGCAGGACUCAGAGAAAGACCAGAAGAAUUUGUCUUCAAAACCUGCAGAACAGCCCCCGUCGAGCCCCAUAAACACCCGUGCACGCAGCCCAAGCGUGAGUCCAGUGCUUUGCCCGGCCAGGGAGGAGCCGCUCAUUCAGCCUCCUCCACGCUCCAAGUGGGAGAGGGAGGAUGAUGAAGAAGGCCAGGAAAACGAGCUUAGUGUAACCAAGGAGCCCUCCCCGGUGCCGCAGAGGCCUCGAGGCAGAGAGGUGCAGCAGGAAGCACCUAAGCCUAUUAGGACUGAAACCUGGGAUGCUACAAGAGAAGAGAGGAAAGGAGCAGUGAAGGAAGAGAAGAAGGGAAGAGCCACAAGAGAAGAGGGUAAGGGUGGUAGGACAGGCCUGGCAAAUUUAGAUAAAUCGACCAAAAUAAAAACAGUGAGGGAAGAGGGAAGGGGGUUAAGAGAAGAAGGAAGAGCUGCUGCAAGAGAAGAGGAGCGAAGAGGUGGAGCAAGAGAGGAGGGGCGAAUAGUGACAGGGAAGGAGGAGAGAGCAGCAGAAGUCAGAGGCGGAGGAGGACGAGAGGAAAGUCGUGGCCCUGAGCCCAGGAGACAGCGCUUGUGUUCCGACCUUGGCCGUGAGACAGACGAGGCCGCCUUUGUGCCCGACUACAGCGAAGGCGAGGGCUCAGAACCAGAGAGGGGGAGGAGCGGCAGCCCCAGUCUGUCCCUCAGCCAACCCUCCCACAGCCCCACCCCAAGCAACCACAGUGGCUCAGGCACCACUGCAGGAGACAAGAAGAAGAAGAAACACAAGAAACAUAAAAAACACAAAAAGCACAAGAAACACAGCAGCCAGGACAAAGAGGGAGAGCACAAGGUACACAAGCACAAACACAAGAAGAAGAAACAUAAAAAGAGCAAAGACAAAGAUGAGGAGGAGGAUGAAGAGAGCAGAGAAAAAGGCUCCUCGCUAACAGAGGCUUAACUCAAAGCAGCAAGGAGAUCAGAACAUGGAAAUGACAGCUAACACUGGCAUCCUGCUACAAGGAAAUGGAUAAAUGUUGGAGAGCUGUCUGGCUGUUCUGAUGCUUAACGUCUCUGCAGGUCUCCAAACACACGUGGUACCUUGUUCUUGUAAUGCAGCUUUACGACAGCUGCUGCGGUCUUUAAUAUUCAAUGUGAACGUCUUUGCAGACUCUGGGCCAGGAGAAACUGGGGAGCAGUGCUGUGCUGCACUGUUGUCAAACUAAAGCUGCAGGAUGUGGUGAUAAGAACUGAUCACAGCAAUGGAUCUGAAUGCUAUAAAUAACACACUGUGCUCAGGGAUGUGAUUUUUUUUUUUUUUUUUUUUCUCUCUCUCAGCAGAGGGGGAAUUGCAGCUUCUCUGCCUCUGAUUCAUUUGUAAAUAGAGAUCAACUCUUGCUUCACAUAAUAAAUUCUCCUCAGUUUGCUUUGCUCACAUCCCCGUGUGCUGUGCAGUACUUAAAUGUUGAAUAACCUUCACUGCUUUGAGGGUCGUCUUUUUGAGAACGUUGCAAGCAGUUUUGCACAUUUUAGCUCAUUAACCGCAAAUUGUAUACACCAUUAUUUGUAAAUUUCAGCAUUGAUCAUUUUAAGGCAACUGUUGGUUUAGUUCAUGCCAGUACAGUGUGUGGGGUUUUUUUCUUUUGUAAUGAGUAAUUUAUAACACAGACAACAAAAUGUUUGAGGAAAACUAAGUAAAGUUAACUUUAUGCCAGUUGAUUUUUCUUAUUGAACGUAACAUGAAAUCUAGUAGCUACCUGGUAAGUUAUGAAAAUCUCUGGAAAAUUGUGAUUAAUGGGCUAAAAUAGAAAUUCAUUAGUAUGGUUCUUGAAGAUAAAGCAGACUUAUGCAUUCAUGUUACACUGGAUUGUGUGAGAUGGUUAUUAUACUGGCAAAUCAGUCUGCAUGUUUUGUUCCAAAGGUGCACUAGCUAUCCCAUUGUCAGUGAGUGAAUGUGUGUGUGCUGUUGCAGAAAUGAAAUGUGGUGGAAGUUGAACAAAUUGGAGGACACUGCUUCUUACAAAUGAGCUUAGUUUUUUUGUUUUUUUAAUUAAAAUGCUUCAAUCUCA